AUGGCCGCCAACAAGCAGGGCAAGAUGCAAAACCUCAUCAACUACCGCAUGAGAGUGACCCUCAACGAUGGUCGCCAAAUGACCGGUCAGAUGCUGGCCUUUGAUAAGGUCCGUCAAUUAUCUACCAUUGCCCCGGACACAGCUAAUUUUGUGGUUACACUCCAGCACAUGAACCUCGUUCUCGCCGACACAGAAGAAUUCCGCCGCAUCAAGCGCAAAGGAAAGGCCGCUGGCCCCGCGAACACCCCGCUGGUCGAGGCGGAGGAGAAGCGCACUCUCGGUCUGACUAUCAUUCGCGGCGCUCAAGUCGUCUCUUGCUCCGUCGAUGGUCCUCCCCCAGCCGAUCCAUCUGCACGUCUCGGUAACGCCGGUGCCGGCGCCGCGGGUGCUGCCGCUACUCUUGCUGCAGGCCCCGGUAUUAGCAAGCCCGCUGGUCGUGGCCUGCCCGUUGGUCUUGGUGGUCCCGCUGCUGGCGUGGGUGGCCCCCCUCCUCCUGGUGGAUUCGGAGGUUUCCCUCCUGGUGGAUUCCCUGGUGCUCCCCCUCCCGGAUUCGCCGGUCGUGGAGGACCCCCUGGUGGACCUCGUAAGCUAUACACUAUACUCCACAAACAUGCGCGCAUGCUAACUCUUAUACCCUGCAGCUGGCUUCGCUCCUCCCCCCUGGAUUUGCUCCACAAGGCGCUCCUCCUGGCGCUUUCCAACCUCCUCCAGGAUUCCAGCCCCCUGGCCAAGGACGGGGAUACCCCCCUCCCGGUUUCGGUGGUCGAUGAUUGGAUAAAUGUGUUUUAG